AUGGGACGAGUGGGGAUAUUCAUCCUCCUGUUCGCAACUCUUCUGGCGACUAUUCAGACUACUCUAGCUGAGUCUCCAAAUCCAAAACCACAAUGCACAUUCACUAGUACCAAUGGUUUUUAUGCUCAUGUUCCAUCGAGUUUGCCAAUUGGAGAUAUCAUUUUUCGUGGAGCCGUGAGCCCACCCGAUGCCGAGAUGCAGAUUGCUAAUGUGAGAUCUGAUGCGUUUAAGGAGACCGACUGGUCCGACCACAUGGUCAUCGACCGUUCCGAUCUCUCUCCAGGAUCAUAUUUGGUCCGUUUGUCUGCGUCUCUCUCACUUCCAGUCUAUCCAUCGACUUUAAAAGAAGCAAAUCUAUUUGUAACAGUUGUAUGUAAUGGGUAUGCCUAUCCAUUAUUCACUGUUCAUAUCGAUCCAACCAAUCGAUUUGCUCCACAAUUCUAUCAGGAACCUUAUGUUGUUCCAAUCGAGAAGAAUCUGCCGAUUUGGACUGUGAUUGAUACGCCGGUUGCUGCAAUUGAUUGGGAUCCAGAAGAGAAUUAUCAGCUCAAGUUUUGGUUGGAGGACUCCCACAAAGGCAUCGAUUUGGUCGAAGAGGCGGUCCGACCGAAAUCCAAGGAUCUCAUUUCGGGAAGCGCUGGUUGGGCGGACGAGCAGAUACCAAAACGGGUCCAGUUAAGGGUCACAGGACUCUAUGAUCUUCCGAUGACUCUCAGAUUGAUAGUUUCGGAUAACGCUAAAGAAAAUCCAAGAAAAUCAACCACAUUCAUCAAUUUGGUAGAGAAAUCUGCAUCUGGAAUCGCUACAGUAACCCAGAAAACUACAGUAACCCAAAAGCCAACUACAGUACCCACAACAACUACCAUACCCACCACCACUACCUUACCAUCUACGACAACUACGAUACUCUCAACGACAACUAAGGUAGCCGAGACUACAACUACCGUAGAGACUACUACAGCAACCGAAAGUACCGUAACCCCUACUACAACAUAUUCCGAAGACAUUGUGGAUUCAGAAGUGACAAAAACCCCAGUAGAAUUGAUUUCUGAACUUAAGAAGGCGUUGAAAAAUGCAAUCUCAACGAAACAAGACAAAGAAGAUGAUGUGGAAUUGGAUUUCGUUGCGUUUGGAGCCAAAAAUCGGGAAAUGAACGCGAUUGAGACUGAAAAUUCAGAAGAAAUUGAGAAAUUCGAGCCUAGAGAAGUGGAAUUUGGAGCUACGCGAUUCACACAGUGCUCUUUGAGAACAGUGAUUCCGGAGAACUCGCCAAAGGGAACGAAAGUGGCACAAUUGGAAGUGAUGAAUAAAAGAAAUACUACCAAAAUUCGCCUCAUCGAUCCAGAUGGCACAUUUACAAUCGACGAGGACACUGAUGAAGUGGUAGUUCUCGACCCAAAACUUGUCGAUCGAGAGUUAUUCAACACGUUGGAAUUGGUUGCAGAGAUUCAGAAUGCCGACCCAACAACACAAUGUACACGAAUCAGGGUUUAUGUUGAUUUGGAAGAUGAGAAUGAUAAUCGACCGGUUUUCGAAAAUGAGCAUUAUUUCUUCCAUAUUGAUCCAAACUUCCCGCCAGGCAGAGAAAUUGGUAGAGUGCUCGCUCAGGAUAUUGAUCAGGGCUCCAACGGUCAAAUAACCUAUCACUUGCUGACGCCAGAUGUACCAUUCCAAGUGGGGACCACCGGUAAAAAAGGAAUAAUCAUGAGUACCGGAAAAAUCGAUAAAGAAAUCGGGUUGUAUAAUUUGACGGUGGAAGCAAGAGAUCAUGGAGAGGAAGUGGUUAAAGUGGCAAAAGUUCCAGUUGAGAUAUUUGUGUUGGGAGGAGGAGUGGGCGGAGCCAAAAAAGUGGGCGGAGUCAAGGAGAAACCAGUUGUGGAGGGCGUGAAGACGGUGGAGCAGAAGAUUGAAGAGGUUCCAGAAGAAGAAGACGUCGAAGUGGUCACUGAAAUCGUGGAAGUCGUCGUUGAGGAGGAGGAAGAGGAGGUUCCAGUGAGAACGACGACUUCUGAAGUGCCUUCUGAAGAAUCUGUGGUCAGAACGACGGUGAAAGAGGAUUCGGAAGAAGCAGAAGAUUCAGACGACGCCAAGGACUCUGAAAAAGACGCUGAAACCGCACCAGAAGAAGAAUCAAAGGGUUCAGAAGUUCCAGAAACUCCUGAAAACGAAUCCAAAGAUUCGGAAACUCCAGAAACUCUAGAAGAGGAUUCAGAUGCCUCAUCUGAGGAUUCAGAAGCUCUAGGAGCUCCAGAAAACCGUCCAGGAUCCACUACACCACCCUCCAACACCAUCAAGGAGCCAGAAUCAGAAGAAUCGGAAGAUGAGCAAGCUCCACCCCCUCCAACAUCUACAGUAUUCUCAUUCCCGCAAUCUGAGUACAUUUAUGACGCGUUAGGAAUGGAAAUUCGGGAAAAUGAUGUUAUUGGAAAAGUCGAAGCCGGACCAAAUGUCGAGUUUUAUGCAGUUGAUAGAGAGGUAAUUGGCCUAAUUAAAAUCAACGACGCCGGUGAAAUUUUGGCGGGAAAAACACUGAAUCGAAGGCAGGAUGGACCAUUGAAGUUUGGAGUGUCGGCGACGAAUGGGUUUGAGACGGUGAGUAGGGUAUUUUUCAACAUGCUAAUUGAUUAA